AGUUCGAUUUGUCCACCACUCCAAGCACAAUGAAGUUCACCAUCGUUUUCCUGCUGCUUGCUUGCGUUUUUGCCAUGGGUGUGGCCACUCCCGGCAAGCCACGCCCCUACAGCCCACGCCCCACCUCCCAUCCCCGCCCCAUUCGAGUGAGGCGCGAGGCACUGGCCAUCGAGGAUCACCUGACUCAAGCUGCCAUCAGGCCACCACCCAUUCUGCCCGCCUAAAGAUGUGUGCAUACCGCGGAGAAGUCAUCCGAUCAAAUUUGUUUUGAAAAAUCUUUAUAAAAAUUGUGAAUUUUUUACUUUCUGCAAACAGUAAGCAAUAAACACACGAAAGACAGCAAUUAAUAAUCUUCAAUCAAUUGUGACACAAUGAGGGGUUCCCAUCGCUUAUCAGCGGUUUUUGUACCGAAUCUGCUGAGCUCUAGAGCUGAUAAGAAAUAUACUUGCUCAAAACAAAACCACAAAAGUCACGUUUGAGAGAAAAAAAGCCUAAACGAAUUUAAUUCGCGACUCAUAUGAAUCACAAACCUGUUCUAUAGCACGUUCUUCUUAAAUUCUAGCGAAAUAACCAGAUGGCUGCAAAUCAUAAUGAAUGGGUUUGUCCCCUAAAAAAAACGAACUGACAAGCCCCCUUAUAAAACUUAUUUAUUAAUAGAUUAGUUCGUAUAUAAUUGCAUAUGUAAAUACUUUAAAUAGAACAAAUUAUUACGACAUUUAAAAAUAUAUAUCCUGGUUUUUAAAAACAGGGUUUG